GUGACAACGUCGAUGACAGCGUGGUCUUCCUCUGCCUGGAGGCCAGCGAUGUUUUGCUGGAGCCGAUGUGCAGCACGUGGGAGCUGCAACAGGAGCUUGUUCCCUAUGUUCUCUCGCACUCGCUGCAGAAUGACCUUUUCCUGAAGCUGCCGAAGGCCGAGCGCCAGGCCCAGGUGAAGAUCCUGACGCAGCGGAUCCUCAGCGGCGAGACAGGGCAACCAAAUGGGGAGUCCUCCGCUGACGAUGAGGGCGCCUCACCCUCUACACCCAGGGAUCCGAUGGCCGACGCCCUUAGCCCCGCGCGCUUCUGGGCGCACUUGCGAAACAAGUACGGCACCCGCAUGGGCUCCGUCUUGCAGCUGCUCCAGAUCUUGGAGCGCCUCCUACAGCCCAGGCGUGUUGUGGUGCUCCGCUUCGAGGGCGAGGCCGUAAUGGCGACGGACUGGCGCAGCCACAAGCAGUACUGCAGGAAGCCCCCAAGCAAAUCGGAAGAGAUCGAGGCUUUGAAGCAUCUGUGGUUUGGGCCAGGCGCGGCAACUGCUGAAAGCCGAGAUUCCUGGCAGCGAUUCUUGCAGCAUGCAGGUGGUUCAUGUGAACCAUCCGAUAUCACCAAGGUGGACGUUCAAAAGCUGGAGAAGAUAGUCAUGGAUGAAAUCAAAGCCAGGAUGCCAGCCGAUCUAGAACCAGAUCCGGUGGGCUACCCCAUUCAUGUUGUGAAGCAGUUGCGCGUGCUGCCCUCGUUGCCCUUGAUGGAUGAUGAGUUUGUCAUGUCCUUCUCCACCUUCGGUCACAUGGAUCACCGUGGCCACCUGCUCUAUUGCAUCAUGUGCAUGUCCAACCGGACGGAGCAGGUACGUGCUGUGAGUACCUGCUCUGGGGCUCCGACAGCCACCGAGUGCCAAUCAGUUUUGUUCACCGCCAUGAUCAAGCCGAUGCCCCUCACGGGUGACCCCAUGCGCCCAAGCCAGGUGCUCUUGGCCAACCGCUGGGGCCCUGACACCUAUGAGACCUUGCGGCCCUUCCUGAUUGAGCAUGGCGUCGGCAUCCGGCUCGAGUCCGAGGCUGAGGCCAAGUUGUCAGCAGCCAUGCAGGACGUCGACUCGAACGGUUUCAACGUGUGA